AUCGAGUCCCUUGGCUUUCCACCACCAUCUUGCUCGUCGAUCCGCCAGUCCAUCGCCCCAGAAACCUCAUUUCAAGUCUUUAGUCUACUAGACAAUUGUAUCACAAUGGCUCUCAAACGCAUUAACAAGGAAUUGCAAGAUCUCGGGCGUGAUCCACCCUCAUCCUGCAGUGCCGGCCCUACUGGCGAUAAUAUGUUCCAGUGGCAAGCGACGAUUAUGGGGCCGGGUGAUUCACCAUAUGCAGGCGGUGUCUUUUUCCUCUCCAUCACGUUCCCAACGGAUUACCCAUUCAAGCCUCCCAAAGUCAGCUUUACGACGAAGAUCUACCACCCAAACAUCAACGCGAAUGGAUCGAUCUGUCUUGACAUUCUCAGGGACCAGUGGUCUCCUGCACUGACUAUAUCGAAAGUUCUACUUUCGAUCUGUUCGAUGCUCACAGACCCUAACCCCGAUGAUCCUCUGGUACCUGAUAUCGCACAUCUGUACAAGACUGAUCGCACUAGGUAUGAGGCUACCGCCAGGGAGUGGACAAGGAAAUACGCCAUGUAAUAUGAAGUACACCAAACUUGCAGUUUUGUGAUUGGUGCAUACGAGUUGUAUCGGUUGGCUGUAUGAUGAUGAUGUGUAUCAGUGUUUUUUCUAUCAUUGCAUGUGUCUGUUCUAGUACAUCCCCUUCUUCUUUUUGUCAGGCAAUAAGAGCGAGCACUGGCUUAAUCUAUUAUUUUGGUUGUUGAGAUCUGA